AUGAAAGUCAUUCCUUAUCUUCUUUCAGCCGUAUUGCUUUUACUUGCGUGGCUUUUACCUAUUCAUAAAAUGCCAUGGACAACCUUUGGUAGUGAAGCACUUACUUUUCUAUCGGCUUUGGUGCUACUCAGUGCUUUUCUAAAUAAAGAUUUAAAAAUUCCAAAGCCACAAGUGCUUAUAUUACCUGUAUUGGCAAUUCCAUUGAUUCAAUGGGGGGGUGGCGAGAUUUUGUACUUAAGUAAUGCAUUGCUUUGUACAGCCUAUAUUGCGAUGUUUUGGUUGAUGCUGGUUGUUGGUUAUAACUUGGCAGUAGGUGAAAAAGGUCAAAGAGAACAAGUCUUUAAAGUAUUUAGCCUUGUGGUUUUUACGGGUGCGAUACUUUCAAGUUUUAUUGCAAUGACCCAGUGGUUAGGCUUAAACGAAUAUUUUAGGCCAUUGGUCAAUUUGCUAAAUGGUAAUCGCCCGUAUGCAAACUUUGCCCAGCCGAAUAAUUUGGCGACAUUUAUGUGUAUGGGGAAGAUGCUGCCAAAUUACAUACUCGGACCCUCAACUUUUAUUUUUCUAUUGACCAUUGCAUUGACCCAAUCUCGUACGGCUUGGGUGGUGUGUUUGUUCACAUUGAUUUAUUUGACUAUCAAGCAAUUCGGUCAAACUAAACGCUUUGGUUUUGUAAAAUUGCUCGCAUGGUCUGGUGUAUUUAUUGCGUUGAUUACAUGCUUGCCAAUGUUUAAUCAAUGGAUUGCAUCUGUAUCAACUCAAGAUGUAGCACAAGCAGAUUCAGUGGUCGAGCGAGCAACAUCAGGUUAUCUCCGUUUAGAUAUGUGGAGUCAAGCCCUAGUCGCGAUUUCAGAAAAGCCGUGGUUUGGGUAUGGUUGGAAUCAAACAGGGAUGGCGCAAAUUGCCGCUUUUGAUUUAUAUCCAUCACAUGAAUGGUAUAAAACGGCACAUAACGUGAUUUUGGAUUUACUGAUUUGGAAUGGUAUUCCGAUUGGUGGAUUGAUUAUUGUUUAUAUGGCAUGUUGGUUGUAUUGGUUAAAUAAAGGCAAACUAUUAAAUGUAUGGUGGAUUGGCUUUAAUCCAUAUAGCAAAAUGUCGGAUCAGCAGUUGCAAUAUAUGGGGCGUAUGGUGGCGAACUUAGCUUCUGCCUAUGAUAUUCAGAAAUAUGCACAGGUUUUGGCUUUUAAUGGUAAAAAAGUUGAAGCUGAACAUCAGUUAUGGAUUCUGAAGACACUGCAUGGGAAAGAGAAGUCAUAUCAGGAUCUAUUGCCUGUAUCUGCUGUAGGAAAAUAA